UGGCAGAAGACGGGAAGUUCCGAAUUGAAAAGUUUGAUGGUACAGAUUUCAGUUGGUGAAAGAUGCAAAUUGGAGAUUUGCUGGUACAGAAAGAUUUGGACGUGGUAUUGGGUGACAAGCCAGAAAAGAUGUCGGAUGCAGAUUGGGCAAGUUUGGAUCGGAAAGCUAUGUCCGUGAUCCGUCUCUCGUUGACCAAUAAUGUUGCGUUCAACAUUCUGAAGGAGAAGACAGCGAAGGGAAUUACGGAAGCACUGUCUAUCAUGUACGAGAAGCCAUCUGCAGCGAAUAAAGUUUUUCUGAUCAGAGAACUCGUGAACACAAGCAUGAAAAAUGACACUUCAGUUACUGAGCAUAUCAACAAUUGGUCCGGAACUGUUACAGCAGUUACUAGUUCAGUAGGACCUGACAAAUUCACUUUUGAGAAGAUUCGUGACCUCGUUCUUGGCGAAGAUGUCAGAAGAAGGAGUUCUGGUGAGUCUUCGGAAGAAUCACUAAAUAUCGUCAGAUGCAGAAGAAAUAACAGAGGUAGUGGGUGUAAGAACAGACGAAGGAGUCAAUCGAAGACUCGGGAUAGCUCAGGCGUAACGUUCUGGAAGUGCAAUGAGUUGGACGAACAAGGACACGAGGUGAAGUUCAGAGAUGGGCAGUGGAAGGUCGUGAAGGGAAAUCUUGUCAUCGCCCGCGGAAAGAAGAGGGGUUCGUUGUAUAUGAUCGAGUUACCAUAUGAGGGAGUGACCGUCCAAGUUCAGAAGAGAAACAAAGUUCGGUUCAUAGAGUCUCGUGGGCAGAAUAAGGUUAUCUAUGCAAGAGAGAAGCCUAGAGCCACAGGUCAGAUUAGGAUGAACGAGCGAGGAAAGGUUCAAGGAGGCCAGUCAGAGGUAUUUAUGGCCGUGGGAGCUCAAGAGUCGCUUCAGCCAAGUUUCAUAGAAGACAUUGGGUCAGGAGAACCAGCUACUUUAACCAUUCCAUACGCUCUGGUGUCCAUCUUUACGAAUAAGGCGGGUGCUGGACAAGGAUUGUCUGUAGGGAUCCUCAAUCUUUCGUUUGUAAUCCCACAGGUAUAGAUAUACUUCUUUCAUAACUUCAGAUAUCGACAUUAUUAUUGUAAGAAAAAUAAUUAUUGUUCUAUUUUAUUUGUCGUCAUAUGUGUAUAUACCAUAUUUACCAGUAAUCUCAUAACUUGUCAUGUAUUCUUAGUCUUAGUUAGAGUUCCAGCCAUGAAUAUUCAUUCACCAUUAUGGAACAAAGUUUGUAGAUAAAA